AUGUCUCAGGAAGGCGACGAAACACGGUCUUUGGCCGAGAGCCUCCCAGAUGCUGAUGCCCCUACCAAGCAGUCCCAUCGAUCAUUCAAAAAGAAAUUUGCAAAGCUCAAAAUUCAAUUUGAACGCAAAAUGAAAGACAGUGAGACGCUCAUUCACGAGCAGUUGCGCAUCGAGGAUCUGUCAAAGAGAAUUCAGGAGCAAAACGACCAACUCUUGGAGGUUCUCUUGGAGUUCAACGAAACUGUGCACAUCUCGCCCAAGCUCCGAUACGAUUUGAAUACCCCUGGUGACGAAGACAUUCUUCCAACCCCUGACGGGGAGCUUUCAUCACCCUACAAUGACCAUGAAUCGACCACGUCAGCUUUGAGAUUUGCAAAGAAUGAACUAUCAACCGGAUAUAUAACGGCCGAGUCAUAUGAAAAACUCGAGAAUAGCGUCAAACGAGGCACGGCGUUUGCACCUUUAUUGCGGUACAUGGAUUUGACAAAAGUGCCUCACUCUGCUUCCAACCCCGAAGGCCAGAAUUCGACAACUACAGCAGAAGAUGCUAGCUUGAACCAAAAUCUUGGCUUUCUGACUCCAGAGCAUGAAACAGAAUAUUGUCUAGCCACAGACGCCAAGUUAGGCGAUAUGUCAGCCGCCGCUCAACUGAGUCGUGUCCCGGAGAAACCGUCCUUGCUGGAAAGAGAAAGGGAGCAUGCUCUUCGAAGUCCUGUUUCGGUCCAUCAUUGGUUGCGCAAAAACCAUCCUAAUAUCUUUCUACAAGAUAACGAGAAUGCUUCCGAGAAAUCAGGAUCACGACCAUCAAACCUGCGUGCUUCCAAGCGAUCGGCACCCGCUUCUCGUAAAGACGAGGACACUCACGACGAAGACAGUGCCGUGAUGGAUCCUGGUCCCACAUCGGGCGGUUCCAAGGCCAAACGUAAGCGCGAUGAGGAGAGCACUCCUCGAGCUAAAGCCGGCACUGGCGGUCGCUCAAAUCGGAAGAAGAAAGACGACGGUGUCUCAAACACCAAGCGUCCUACAAAACGAUCAUCUGGUGCUGGCGCAUGA